UGGAGCUCAUUGGCAAUUGUGUUGUCAUAGAAAUUCAAUGCUCAAGUUUUUUUGUUAUUCGGAUAAUCGAAUUAUUUAUUCACCUCACGGUAACUAUUUUAAUUUCAAAACAUUAUUUUAUUAAUACGCCAGACGCACAAUUAUUUUAAUAUUUUAUGAAAACACAAUGUAUAAAAAUGGAAAACAAAGAAAAACUAGAAAAUAUUAAUGAAAAUCCAAGCACUUUACGUAAACAAGCUAAGAAAAUGGCUAAACAAAAACAACUGUUUAAUAAAAGACCAACGCAUUUAUUUAUGCACGAAAAAUGUCUAACCGAAAUUCCUAAGCCCAAAAGCCCAACCCAUAUUAAUUACGCCUAUUACCACAACAAUCAAAUAAUCAAAAUUGAGAAUUUAAAUUUGCUUUACAACUUAACGCACUUACAUCUUCAAUGGAAUAAAAUAACUAAGAUCGAAGGUUUAGAGAAUUUGAAAAAGUUGAAAAAAUUGUAUCUUUCAAAUAAUAAAAUAAGUGUAGUUGAAAAUUUGGAAGGACUUAAAUAUUUAGAAGAAUUGCAUAUUGAAAAACAAAAUGUAGACGGUGUGGACCCAUUGUGUUUUGAUCCCCGGACUAUGCUUUCUAUUGGAAUGUCUCUAAGAAUUUUAAAUGUGUCUCAAAAUAAAAUUACUUAUAUGUCUUGGGCUAAGCCUCUUCGUCGAUUGGAAGUAUUAAUUGCCAAAAGAAACAAAUUAGAAAAUGUUGAGGCGAUAGCUGACGAUUUGUGUACUUUGGUCAGCUUGGUGGACGUCAACUUUAAGGAAAAUCCAAUGAUUAAGAAACAUCGAUAUAAAGAAACUAUAAUAGCCAGAUGUGCUCAAUUACGAGUAUUGGAUAAUAUACCAAUUCAUAACACGUCUAGAAUGUUCUUGAGAAACUUUGAUAAAGUUGUGAGACUACGGCAGCUGCACGAGAAAAACAAAAUAAGUAUGACCAGUCAAGGUGUGGAGGACUUCUUUGAAUUGAACAUGUUACCUUAUCCAAGGGCACUUAGUGCUAUGUCUAUUUCGGAGUUUUCUAAUCAAAAGCCAAAAAUUUCAGCAAUAGAUUCAACUUAUACCUUCAUGCCUCGAAGCAUCUGGUAUAACAAGAGUUUGCCUUCACCUCGUGAGCAUGUAGCACCUCAAACCCUUGCUGAUAAGAAAGUGAUAGUAGCAUUGACUCCAAAUGGCCUGGCCGAUGGUAUCACACAAGAUGCAAAGGGUACAGAGUACUUUGUUAUGCCACAGGAGGUUGAAAUGUCGAUGUCUGAAUUCCUGGAUACAUUAGAGACAAAGAGCGAAAACUUAAUUCCUUACAUUCAGAGACAGAACUCAAAUCUUACAGAGGAUUUUAGUGAACUUAUAGGAGAUGUGGAGUCAGACGUCAGUUUUGCGAGUAAGGCAUUCAACAAGAAACCAGAUGCUGUCAACUUUUGGAUGGGAGAUCACAGGGCUGUCACAUCUAUGCAUAAAGAUCCCUAUGAAAACAUAUACUGUGUGAUAGACGGCUACAAGGACUUUAUCUUAAUACCACCAACUGAUUUACCCUACGUACCAUACAACAGGUAUCCUCAAGCUCAAUUCCAAAGAAUACAGGAUAAGUGGGACAUUAUACCACUUGAGGAUGACAUUGAUACCAAAAAUGAUAGCCUAAAGAAUGGUUUACCUUGGAUUUGUAUAGAUCCCCUUAAACCAGACCUGAUAAAGUAUCCGUUAUACGCAAAAGCCCACAAGUUUAAGGUGCGCCUUCACAAGGGCGACUGCCUCUACCUCCCUAGUCUAUGGUUCCACCAUGUGACGCAGAGCCAUGGUUGCAUAGCCGUCAAUUAUUGGUACGAUAUGGAUUUCGAUAUCAAGUAUUGUUAUUUUAAAAUGUUGGAAGCGUUAUGUGAUAAAUAUUAAUCUAGUAAGUAAAUCUUUUUUGUUUG